CAAUAAAGAGUAAACAGGAAGUCGGUCCGCGCUAGCAGCAUUGGUGUUGUUUUGUUUUUACUGUUUUACUUUUGAAAGCGACUUAAAAGAUCAAAAUGGGGAAAAGACAGCAUCAAAAGGAUAAAAUGUACAUUACCUGUUCAGAAUACACAAACUUCUACGGAGGGAAGCGGUCAGAAAUCCCACAAUCCAACUUCCGACGGCUUCCCUUUGAUCACUGCAGUUUGUCCCUUCAGCCAUUCGAAUAUCCGGUCUGUACUGACGAGGGAGUCGUUUUUGACCUGCUGAGCAUUGUUCCAUGGAUCAAGAAGUUCGGAACAAAUCCGAUCUCUGGGGAGAAACUGGAAGCAAAGUCCCUCAUUAAACUCAACAUUGCCAAGAACAGCGAUGGAAAGUAUCACUGCCCCGUUCUCUACAACGUCUUCACAAAUAACUCUCACAUUGUUGCCAACAAGGUCACUGGAAAUGUGUUUUCUCAUGAGGCUGUUGAGCAACUUAACAUCAAGACCAAAAGUUUUAAAGAUCUGCUCACGGAUGAACCGUUCACCAGACAGGAUAUCAUAACGCUCCAGGACCCAACACAACUGGAUAAAUUCAACGUGUCUAACUUCUUCCAUGUGAAGAACAACGUGAAAGUUCUGGAUCCAGAUGAAGAAAAGGCCAAGCUGGACCCGGCGUACCACCUGAACAGUACCAACCUGGAAACCAGAGAGACCUUAGCUGAACUCUACAAGGACUACAAAGGGGAUCAGCUCCUGGCCUCCACCAUGAAGGAGCCCGCGGCCAAGAAGACGGACAAACUAAACGCGGCCCACUACUCGACCGGCAGAGUCUCCGCCUCCUUCACGUCCACCGCCAUGACUCCUUCCACAGUGCAUGAAGCAGACGCCAUCGCAGACGACACCGUCCGGUACCAGUAUGUGAAGAAGAAGGGCUACGUCCGUCUGCACACGAACAAGGGGGACCUGAAUGUAGAGCUGCACUGUGACAAGGUUCCCAAAGCUGGAGAGAAUUUCAUCCGUCUGUGUAAAAAAGGCUACUACGAUGGGACCAUCUUCCACAGGUCCAUCAGGAACUUCAUGAUUCAAGGAGGGGACCCCACCGGCACCGGCACAGGAGGCGAGUCCUUCUGGGGGAAACCUUUCAGGGAUGAGUUUCGGCCCAAUCUCUCUCACACGGGGCGGGGAGUUCUCAGCAUGGCCAACUCUGGUCCAAACACCAACAAGUCUCAGUUCUUCAUCACCUUCAGGUCGUGCAUUUACCUUGACAGGAAACACACCGUCUUUGGAAGAAUCGUUGGUGGAUUUGAGGCGCUCACAGCAAUGGAGAACGUGGAGAGUGACCCCAAAUCGGACAAACCCAAGUCGGAGAUCAAGCUCAUCAGUGCGACCGUGUUCGUGGACCCGUAUGAAGAGGCUGAUGCUCAGAUUGCAGCGGAGCGUGAAAAGGAGCAGCAGCAGCAGGAGGAGGAGAAGCAGCAGGCCAGCGUCACCCUGAAGAAAGCUAAAGAAGCCCAGGCCCCCAAGACCUUUAAACAAGGUGUGGGGAAGUACAUCAACCCCGCCAGCAUGAAACGUUCAUCCGCUGGAGAUGACAGCGGGCCGUCCACCAGCGCAGCGGCGGCGGCCAAGAAGCCCAAAGGCAAGACGAGCCUCGGAGACUUCAGCUCCUGGUAGCGCCGACGGGGUCCACACUUGUUUAACUCGAUAAAACCAGAAUAAUUCCUCUGAUUCAACCUGUUUUUUAUUUGCUUUUUUUUUGUCUGCAAUUGGCCAUCUUGUAAAACUAAAUUAAAGCUUCUUUUUUCCAUAAAUAAAUGUUUUAAUUCUCUUUAAU